UAAAUACAUCAUUUUCCACACACACACACACACACUCACACAGAUGGAAGAGAUUAAUCACUUUAGUCAUAAAAACCAUCCACUAAAGCUCAUAAACUCUGAGACCAUUGUUGGUUCUAGUUUCGAUGGUGGUGAUAAAAAACCACAAGUCAUUGGUUGCUAUGCAUGUGAAAAACCCAUAUCAAGUGGUUUUGCAUAUGCUUGCCUCCAAUGUCGCUACUUUCUCCAUAAAUCAUGCGCACUACUCCCCCCUACUAUCAACGACCCUUCCUUAUAUCAUCACCCUCUAACACUUACUGAUUUGAAACAUAUAAAACCCAGAUCUUGGUUUUGUAACAUGUGUGGGAUUCAAAAGAAACCUAGUGGAUUUGCAUAUACAUCUGUUGAGCAGCAUAACACUUUAUUUAAGUUUAUAGCUUGCAUUGAUUGUUGUGUUGUUGAGAUUGCUCGCAGGGCUGAAGCAGAUGCUAUCAAGGAGGAGGCAAAGAUAAAGGUUCAACAUGAAGGCCAUCCAAAACACACUUUAACCCUCCAGUUAAGACCUGCUUCAUUCCUGUGUGAUGCUUGCAAUGCUAAGGAUGAAGGCUUAUUCUAUGAGUGUGACACUUGUGACUUCUGGAUACAUAAGUCUUGUGUUUCCUUAGCCCCUACCAUCAUACUACCCCAUCACCCUAAUCACCCACUUGUUCUCGUCUAUUCACUUCCUGAAAAAUUCUUUAAUUUCUUGUAUUACUGUGAAAUUUGCAACAAAUACAUCCGGAGGAAUUUGUGGUUGUAUCAAUGUGCAAAUUGUAGAUAUUUUGUCCAUAUCAAGUGCGCCUUAAAUGCAGUAGACCAGCCUUCUACUCUAAGGGAUAGCGCAAGUGCUUCUAUUGAUGAUGAAGAAGUAGAUAAUUUUCUGCAUUUUCCCAUGUUAGAGGCAUUUACAGAUCCAUUGAAACUGGUACUUUUUGAAAAGACAGCUCAAUAUAAUGAUGAUGAUGAUGAUAAAACUAAGAUCAACCAUUGGUGUCAUCAACAUCCAUUAACCCUUAAUGUUGAAUCCCAACCUAACAACAUGUGUUGUAGUAGUCAUCCAAUUGAGGUAUGUUUUGGGUGUGUACGACCCCUCUCCCUUCCAUACUAUACUUGCAAAGAUGGAUGUAAUUCAUUCUCUCUCCACAAAUAUUGUGCCGAGUUACCACUCAAAUUACAACAUCCACUUCACCCGGAUCAUUCACUUGCCUUGAUAAACACAAAUCGUUUGCUUUCCUUGAUAAACACAAGAGGACAUGGUAAGUACAAUCAAUGCAAUGGUUGUGGGAGCUUUUGCAACACGUUUUUGUACAAAUGUGAAACUUGUGAGUUCAAACUUGAUGUUAGCUGUGCAUUUCUACCCAACACCAUCAAACAUAAAUCCCACAAACAUCCACUUAUCCAAGUUAUCGAUCCUGUACCUGUUUGUAAUGCUUGCAACAUGUGGUCUGAUUAUAUCAGUUAUGCUUGUAAUGCUUGCAACUUCAUAUUAGACAUGUAUUGUGCAAUGAGGGUGCCACGUUCCCUUGGUCAUAGGUAUUGCAAAGGACAUGAAAUUCCAUUGACGUAUCCUCCGGUCAUGGAUCAUCCGGAAGAUUUCUUUUGUGACAUUUGUGAGAUGGAAAUGCACCCUAAGUUCCCCCUCUAUUAUUGUCACAAAUGCAAAAAUUCUUUUCACCUUCAUUGCAUUAGUCGAAUCGAUCUUUAUGCAAACAUUUUCCAUGAGGGCACCUUCAAUGUUCCCUAUCAUAAACAUCCGUUAACAUUUGUACGGAGAAAGAAAACGCCCAAGUAUAUAUGUUCUAACUGUAAUCAAGAUAUUAAUGGUAGUUUGAUCCUAGAAUGUCGGAGUAAAGUCUGUAAUUUCAAUAUAUGCUUGGAAUGUGCUUAUAAUAAGGUAAUGGGUCCUUAAUCAUGUCAUAUGAUUAGGAACAAAGGAAGGGCCAUAUAUGUCAUUGUUUCCACAAAUUAUAAAUAUAUAUGUUGGAUUUCUCUUCA